AUCCAUCCAAACAGAACAAUGGCUGGGAGACAGUUCGGUGGCCAGCUCACCCGAUUACACGCAGAAGCACCAGCUUUUGUUCCUGCAUCCCUCCCUCCUCCUGCAUCGACUCCUCCUUCGUCUCCAGGUUCGCAACUACGCUCUCACCCACCUCGCCGUGGCAAAAAGCCUGCUUCACAACCACCCCAGCCUCGAAGAGGCUCCGUCUCCCGCUCUAGUGCACCUGACAUCGUCACAAGAAUACACGAAGAUAUUUCACACGGAGUUUACGAAUGUGCCAUAUGUACCAACGAGAUCGGUAGGAAUUCUAAGGUGUGGUCAUGUCGGACAUGCUGGACGGUCUUCCACAUAGGAUGUAUCAAACGAUGGUCAAAAAAUGAAGGUUCGUCCGUCCAGCGGACCGCAGGCCAGGAUGAGCAAGAUGUCCCAGUGGGAAAGCAGUGGAGGUGCCCGGGUUGCAAUCUUCCCAAGGACACAACCCCAAGUUCU